AACAAAUGAGGUGCACCGAUUCUCGUCUCGUGAAAUAAUGUAAACGUUCUGUGGUUGUCUUAUAAUUUAUCUAUAGAAUGUGUAGACAGUAUAGCUGUCUGUAUGUUGACAUGACUAUGCCGUAGAUCUAUUUAAAUGUUUUUCUCAUUAGUUGCAUAUCUGAUCUAUUUUAAUUGCGAAUCUUUCAGAAGCUGCGUGCUGUCAUUGGGCAGGAGGUCAGUUAAUGAGUGCCUCUAAAUUCAUUUAGGAUGUCUGAAUUUGGCAUAGAAUCAAAUCACUCCACAGAGACUCAUAAGCAGGGUUCAGCUGGUGACAGUUCUUUUAAAAAACGACUCGGUAUUUUUGCUACUUGUGUGGUCGGAGGGUCAUUGGUGGCUCUGUACGCAGUGACCGGACCGUUUAUAGCACCAGCUUUGAGGAAAGUUUGUCUCCCGUUUGUUCCUGCAACGAGGACUCAAAUUGAAAACGUUCUUAAGGUUUUGAAAACUAGAUCUGGUUCUCUGGUGGAUAUCGGCAGCGGAGAUGGACGUAUAGUUAUCGCUGCAGCAAAAAGUGGUUUCAAGGCAGUUGGCUUCGAGCUGAACCCCUGGCUGGUCUGGUACUCCCGAUUCAAAGCCUGGAGGGAAGGUGUUCAUCACAACACUUCUUUUUAUAUUUCUGACCUUUGGAAGGUCAGUUUUUCAGAGUACUCCAAUGUGGUCAUCUUUGGCGUUCCUCAAAUGAUGGAGCAGCUUGAAGUCAAGCUCCAAACAGAGCUCCAGAGUUCAGCCAAAGUAGUGGCUUGUCGCUUUCCAUUUCCCACUUGGACUCCUGAUGAUGUCGCUGGAGAGGGGAUUGAUACCGUUUGGGUUUAUAAUGCCAAGACAUUCAAACCUCCCAUCAGAAAUUAUAAAGACAGUGAAAGACCGAACUAAUGACAAACUAAGUUUCUUUAAAGAAACAUUUCUUUCUUUAGUGACAAACUUUUUGUCUCUCUCAUGUAAGCAUGAAAAACAGUCCAAUUUGGCUGCCUUGUUGCGCCUAAUUAAAAAUCCCUGUGUUUUA